AACAAGAGGCCAAGAAGAUUGAAUGCCACUUACCUCAAUGCCUUGCCUUUAGAUGAAAGGUUGAAAUGUCUUACAAAUACCUAUAGCAAGGGCAAUAUUUUAGAUUUUGUCCCUUCAGGUAUAAUUCCUCGUAGACUUGCAAGCGUUAUCUUGAAAAUCUUCUCCGAAUUGACAUUAGUAUUACCAUUAUCCUACAGCACACAGGAACAUAAGAUUUUUCUACAAAUCUCCCGAUCAACUUCCUUAAAUGAUAUCGAGGCCAUUACCAAGUCAAUUCUUCUUGUUCCACGCACUGGCUUACAGCCAUAUUUAUACAUUUCUUCUUCUAUUAAGCUACUGCUCUAUCAAAGCAAUCAGCUAUUAGAUACAACUCACAAGGAAGGAUGGUUUCAAGGGCAUGUAUACGCUGAUUUAUUCGAUGCAGUUUUUCUAUUUGACCCGUACUAUACUACAAAAAGAACCGAAUAUUAUGCUAGCACGAUCAAAUAUUUGAAAAAGAAGAAGCAAAUAGAUGAAAAUGAGAAGGAUAUAAAGAUUGAUUUUAUUUUAUUCAACAGCCAACUCGGGGACGUGUUCUCUUGUGAAGAUAAGCCUACUGAUGCCAAAGAAAGUGAAGUUGAAGCUGAUAUAAACAAAGCAAAGGAUUUGAGAGAGAAGAGACUGAAGCACAUUCAAUCAUUGCUACCUCACCCAUCUUGUAUAAAACAUAUUAAAGUUAUCAGUUCACAAUCUCAUAGUCUUGUUUUAACUAUCUAUGGCUCAAGGAUAACUAAGGAUGGAAUAAUCAUACACUACCAGAAAAGUACUGCUACUAUCCCCUCCCAAGCUUCUAAUAUGCCACAAGUAGCACAUUUUCUCCUUACUGUAAUAUCGAUUAUCAUGAACCUUAAAAAACUUAUUGCUGGCUUACAAGACUCAAUUGGAUUUCAGACUUACCCUUUCAAUAGUGUCAACAACAAUAUGUUUUUCCGUGAAGACUCGACCCUUUCAUCAUCAAAUUCCAGUAGCAAUGAUACUAGCCUUGGAAGUCUUGGAAGUUUUGGUGACAAUUGGAUUGAAGUGGAACAAACAAGAAGGAUGCUUACUUUGAUCGACGAGAAAAUUAGAGAGAUCGGAUAUGAGUGCUGUGAAAAUUUGGCCAAGAAUCACCUUUGGCCAAAGGGUAUUAUUCAUGAAAAUUGCUUGUUUGACAACUUCUGA